AUGUUGCGUGCACAGGUGCAGCCUCAGGAUGACCCAUCGAUGGGGCGCAAGCCUUCCAUGUCUGACUUGAACCCGUCGACGAGCCGUUUCACGCUGCGAAUACCUUUGCUUGGACGUCCGAAGGUCCCGUUGCAGCAGGCUGUGAAGAGUGCGGAAAUUGAGCGGGCAAUGAUGAGCUCAAUCACUGCACCAGAUCCUGAGCCACCUUCGUCUGGCGCUUCGGCUACCGAAUCCACUCCCGCGCGGUCACCAGUAUCUGAGGCGCCCACUCCGGAAUUGUCUGCGGAUGGGCCAUCGACAUCGCCGAGGCCACCUUCUGAUGACGAGACGCCGAAGGCUACUGAUCAGCAGGCACAUACGUCGUCCUGGUGGGAUUAUGUAGCCUGGGGUUCGGGCACUCAGCCUACUUCGGACAGACCUACGAAGCCGGAGGCUCUCAUGAUUGACACGGUGAAAGCAAAUGCCGAACCGGAGCUGACAUCUCCUACAUCCCCUGCCCCGGAAAUGGCCCAGACGGCUUCUACGGCUUCUGCACCUGCUGCUGUAGCGAGGUCUCCGGCCCAGGAGGCGCCACCUGACAUGCAGAAGAGCACGAGUGCCGAUGGUAUCCGGGAGGGUCCAUCUCCUACCAGCCGGAAACCGGCAUCGAUACUGUCUGCUGAGACUGCCAAGAGCCAUAACUCAGUUUGGUAUUCACCGUGGGGUUGGUACAACAUGUCUCCCAACCCCGCGGAUGCGGGCCCAUCUACGGUCCAGGUCACUGAAGCGACGGAAGACGAGCGUGGCUCAAGCGGACGCGUCAAGUCAGAGUCCGAGAUGGUCAAAGAAGAGGCACUCGCUCGUGAAGAUUCGUCUGACGACAAGACAGACAUAACAGAGCCUCCUGUCAUAGCGGUCGCCUCCGAUCCGCCACCGCCCGCCGACAGCACGACGUCUCCGUCGACGGAAUCACAGAACCCUAUCGAAUCGUCAAUCACCGCGAGUCGCUCUAGCUGGGUGUCGUUCUUCAUGUCCAAAGCCUUGCUCACGAAGACCAUAUCGGACGAUGGACAGGAGAAGGAUGAGAACGGCAUGGAGGUGAUGAAUGUCGACGAGGAGGAAGAAGACAAACAAGAGGGACCUUCCGCUCCCGUAGCUAUCGCGUCAGGCAACGACCAUCUGCAGCCGCGGCCAGCGUCUCCCUCUUCGAAGGCGUCUCUGCCUUCCGCGAGGCGCGAGCACGCCCACAAGAAGUCCAUUGGCUCUGUCUCCGCCGUGGAAGGACGGAGGAGUGACUUGAAACAAGGUACUGCUCGGUCGCCUUCUCCGGCGCCGUCCAGAGCGUCCAGUGUCGCAUCCGCGACAGUGCCCCGGCCACCGUCUCUCAAGAACUUAGUGCUUCCGACUUGGGAGCAGAUCUUCCUAUCGCCGCCGCGCUCGCUCGUCCCGCCGAAGCCUCGGGGAAAGUCGAAACUCGCAAAGGUUUCGAAGACGUUCUCACUCGUGAGCGAUGUGCUCUUCAGUAGGGACGACGAGGUCGAGGGCAAAGGCAAGGGGAAGGCCAGGGAACGGGAGCGGGAGGCGAAGUUCAUUCACCUGGGCAAGGAGCUCCCGAAGGCGCUGGACGUAAUUGGGGAGACCCUCAACCCAUACAUGCUCAACGGAGGCUGUAGGGUAGUCGUGAUCGGUGUGGCUGGGUGGUCUCCUGGGGCGGUGACUAGGACGCUGGCUGGUGGACUACCAUCGUCUAGUACCAAGUUCGUGGACAUGACCUGUCAAGCACUGGAUCAGUUUGAGCAGGAACACGGUUUCAAGUUCAAGAAGAUCACUAGGGUACCACUGGAAGGCGACGGAACCAUCGAGCGCAAGGUGUCGAAGGUGCACGACCAGUUGCUGUCAAAUGAGGACUGGAUGGAAGAUCUUCAUGCGGCAGAUGUCAUCUUUGUGGCUGCGCACUCACAAGGAUGCAUCGUCGCCACACAUCUGCUUGAUCGUUUGGUCCGCGAUGGUCACAUUCUCACGUCGCGGAGCGUGGACACUUUGACGAAGACAGCCGCUGCAGUGGUUCCGGGCGGUGCUGCUCAGCCAGUGACUCAAGCUCAGCGAAUCGGCUUCCUGGCGCUGUGUGGGAUUCACCUUGGACCAUUGAGGUACCUCGGGAUAAGCUCGCUAUUACAGCCAUAUAUUCAGUAUUUCGAACAUGCCUCGGCACGGGAGCUGUUCGAAUUCCAGAACACUCAGUCCCGUUUAUCGAAGAACUACGUCAAAGCGCUCAAGAAUGUUGUUGAUCACGGUGCCAAGAUAGUGUAUAUCGCUUCUCUGAACGACCAAGUUGUCCCUAUCUAUUCUGGUCUAUUCACAGCAGCUUCGCACCCUCGAAUUUUGCGCGCUUUGUACAUCGACGGUGAUGCAUAUCAUUCUUCCGACUUUCUAACCAAUUUGCUUGUCCUGCUUAUCCGGAUCUUGAACGCGGGCCUGUCCGAUGGUGGCCUGCUGUUACAUUUGUCCGAAGCUACAGCUGGCACAUUGAGUGGCAUCGGCCACUCAACCGUGUACGAGGAGCUCGCCACAUUCUCCUUGGCAGUGAAGUACUUCUUCCUAACCAACGAUGGUGAUACAGAGCAUGCGGACCUCAACAUAGAUUCUUUCAAUGCUGUGGAGGAACAGAACGACUAUGAGAUUCCUUGGUCACUUCGUGAUAUGAUCGCCGACGAGCGAGUCGCCCAUUUAUUUGCGCGAGAGUUUGCCCAGCUGCGAGACGCAUUUGAUGACUGGCAGCCGAAGACGACCAUCCUGCGGGAAGUCAAGAAGAAACUGCAGCCAAUCCAACGCCUGAACUCUUUCACUCCGUCCAACAGCAAAUUAUAA